AUGCUUUUCGACUCCAACCCUCUCGUAGUAUCUACCAAUGAAGCAUGCCUGCACAAGUCGGACGUCAAGACGUUGAAACACGACGAGUGGCUCGGCGAUAACGUCCUAGCCUUUCAUGCCGAAUGGCUGCAAGCGCUUGGCGGACAACUCGAACGCGCCAGUUCAGGGCCGCCCAAUGUCAAGAUGUUCCCUCCUUCGGUCGUAGAGGUGCUCUGCACACUCGAGAGCGCCUCCGCACCCGACACUGCUUCUGUGGUGCCGAAGCCGACGGAGCAGUUCUUGCUGCUGCCUGUUAGCGAUCGCUACAGCCCGUCGAGUCCAGGCCAUGCAGCAGCGGGAAGUCAUUGGAGCCUCUUGCUUGUGGAUGCUGCCUCUGGCGCCGCGAUUCACCUCGACUCGCUCGGUGAAUGUAACCGUAGUGCGGCCGCCGCGGUCCAUUCCAGCAUCCUCAGGCUCGUCCAGCCGAGAGGCAUUCAGCACGGAUCGUCACCGCCGACUCCAUUCAAGGUGGAUUGCUUGCAACAGCAGGAGAACGGCAGCGAUUGCGGCAUCUAUGUCUUGCUCCUCUCUAGCCUCCUUCAUCGACAACUCUGCACGCUGCAGGCCUCAUCCUACGAUCUGGCUGCCGUCGUCGAGACCGUCUGCGUCGAUGCGACCCCGAGCCACGUGGGUCGCUUCCGCAAGCUGUACAAGGAGUGGCUAGAGGCCUGGGGCAAGGCGACACAUCACGAAGAGCACGUCGAUCCAAACCAAAAGGUCAAAGCACACUUCCUCAAGAUUUUUUCGGAAAUCGGUGUGGAGUAA